AUGGACCAGAUUCGAUCCUAUACGGCCAUAGCUUCAUUAUUUAUAGAGCCAAACAAAACCAAAUAUAUCAUCGUUCGUCACGAAAUACGGACACGGCUUAUGGAAAACAAACGCAAGGUGCAAGAUGAGGGACAAGACGAGCGAAAAGGCGACGCCGAUGACAGUACUAGUACCAGUAUUGAACAGCCGUCGCCGAAACGUGCCCGCUCAACGUCGUUGCCUGAUGUUAAUGCCUUUUUUGGGGGGAACCACCUCGCCUUUCUUCCCAAGCAGUGCAGCGAUGAUAACAAGGCUUUUAUACUCAAUCUCCUCGUUAAUCGACUCUCCACGGACUCCCAGUGGGAGAAGGUCCUCAAGCCCGAAUUCAAGCGUUGGGAGCAUUGCGAGGACGCUAUAAAGGACGCUGCCGAUUUGGGGAACCUUAUCAGCGAUUGUUUCGAGAAGAGUGAUUGGAGACCACUCUUCGAGGACUCAAGAUUGCGAUAUCAACUCUCCCCUUCAACUAGUUUUAAUACAUCAUACCCAGCAGAAGACAUACAAUAUUUCAAAGAAGCGUUUGAAAAGAAUUACCGUUCCUCACACCCCGAUAUUCUCCUUUCUGCCAUGGACCUGUACCAUCUAGAUGAGACUUAUUAUAAUCGCUCGUUUUCUGUUGUACAAUCGUCGGGAAUGGGCAAAUCGCGCCUGGUGGAUCACUCUGCCACCCUUCGGUUCACGAUUCCUUUCAAUAUCCAACAAGAUAUCCAGUCCGGUGGGAGGGUAUACCCUCCAUCUGACCGUAAAGUGCGCGACUUUAUCACGGCAACAUUCGAAAACGAAGUGGAUGCCGUGACAUGGCCUCUUGUCUUCUUGCAAGCCCUCUUUACUGAAACGGUCGUCCAACUCAAAAAUUACAAGAAGGGACAGCCACAAGCGAUUGCUCGUUUAUGGUACGACUGGAUGAAGAAGGAGUCGACCGUAUAUGAAGUUGGGAAAGAGAGAACCAAGUUCUAUGAUCGAGUGGAACAUGAAGCUAGGAAGCUGGCAGGGCUAAAACCCACAAACGUCCAAAACCCUCUCAGGGAACGUAGAACGGCUUUGAGAGCUGCAGCCACAUCACUUGUCGAGCGUUUACAGGAUCUUUACGGGAGGGUGACAGAUAAAUUUUGUGCGAUUGUCUACUUUGACGAAGCCCACACCCUGUUUCCGUCGAAUGGUGGACUACAUAAAUGCACGCCUUACUUUGCUCUGAUGACCGUCUUAAAUAUGAUACGCGACAAGCGGAUCUUCUUCGUUUUCCUGUCCACGAACCCAAGCCUUCAAACAUUCGCACCAAACCAUGCAUUAUACCCAUCCAUUCGCGUUCAAAACAGCUACAGACUCAUCCCACCCUUUUUCGAGCUUCCAUUUGAUACCUUUUCUCGAGGCUUUACGACACAGGCAAAGGCAGAGGGAAAGUUGACACUUGCAGGAGUUUGCGACCUGGGACAGAUGGCCAAGUUUGGUCGCCCGAUGUAA